CAUCACUAUGUACUCGUGCACCUCUCCUUCUGGAAUUGAGGUCUCUUUGAACAAGCCGGAGAUUUGGGAAAAGUUCUACCCGAAAACUGAAAUGAUUGUGACGAGAAAGCGUGGGAGAGUCAUUUUUCCGCAUUUGGAUUAUAACGUCAAAGGAUUGGAUCCGGAUAGUCUCUACUCGAUUUAUAUUCAUUUGGAACGUGUUGACGGGAUUAAAUACAAGUUCGAUGCCGGAGAAUGGAAAGAAGCCGGAAAAGGUGAUCCAAUUCUUCCAAUCCAGUACAAAGAGCAUCCACGUGGCAAGCGUACUGGAACAGAAUGGAUGAGUGAGCCCGUCUCGUUUGCUCACCUCAAAAUCACUAAUGACCCGGAAAACAAGGAUCAGAAGCUGAUUUUAGCUCAAAGUCUGCACAAAUACAUUCCAGUUUUGCAUAUCAAACAGCUGGAUCCUUAUAAAGGAACAUUUCAAAUGGAUUUUCAUGGAGUUGAAUUUCGCUUGGAGGCUACGCAAUUUAUCGUUGUUACUGCUUAUCAGAACGAAGAACUCACAAAACUCAAGGUCCAUCACAAUAAAUUCGCCUCCGGAUUCCGUUCAAAUGGCAAGAGACGGCUUUCUUCAGAGUCUGAAAAUUCGGAAAACUCCCCGCCAAAGCGCAGCGCCUCGGCAAUUUCUUCAUUAACCCCACCAGCAAUCUCCCCGCCAAUGGAUUAUACCCAGCAAAACCCAUAUUUUUUCAACCAAAACUUUUUCUCGACUCCGCAGAGCCACCAGCCACAGUUUGCUGCUCAUAGUGCCAAUGCUCAAAAUUACAAUAAUUUUGGAGCUCAAAAUGGGGCUCAAUUUGAUUGGAAUGUGUAUUAUCAGAGACAAUGGUACUGGCAGCAGCAAAUGAUGAUGUCAGGUGGAAUUGGACAACCACAAAUGCUCAAUAAUGGAUUUCCGAAUUUGUGAUUUUUUUUAAAUAUUUAUAUUUAUCGCUUUUUUUUAAUUUUUAGCUUUUACAAUGAUCUUGAAAAUAAAUUUAUUG